UCCCCACAAAUUCCCUUUUCAGAAUUUCGCCCUCCAAUUUCGUCGGCCAAAGUUUCCCUCCGUAACCGCCAUUGCAAUAGGAGAGAGAAAGCUAGAGCGCGCGGAGAGAGAGAGAGAUUGGGCUCAAAUGGCGAAUAUCGACGAAGAGAGGAAACAGGUCAUAAAGCAUUCGGUAAAAAAACUUACUGAGGAACGAGGAGGAAGAGGAGAAUCUUCGUUUCUGAACAACAACAAUUCCUCAGGAAGCAAAGAAGAAGGAGAACUUACUGCAUCUGAUAACGAUGAUCGAAAUGUUUGUUCCACCGAUCAGCUUACGAGCAGUGUUUCUGCUCCAUUGGAGCGGCAGGUUCACGUUGAUACAGUGAAUGGGAAUUCUCAGGAUACUCAGGCAGAAAAAAAUACUUCUUCCAGCAAAAUGGGUUGCUCAAUUGAUGCGCCUUCUAGUACACCUCAUGAAUCAGCUCAUCCGAAGAGUUCUAAAAAGAAUCGAGAGCAUUUUGUACCGUUUCUGAUAAGCUUCUCAGAUGAAAGUGGCAGUGACUGUGAAAAUUCUGGACGGAAGAAGAUUUCAGCAAGUAAAAACAGAACCUUUGCUGAGGAUAAAUUUAUUAAACCACCAGCACCUGCUCCUCGAAGACCUCAGAAAUUGCAAAAGAUUACUAGAAAUGAGGCAAAGUUGAUGCCAAGCAAAGGGGCUGUAAGUCAGAAUGUUUCUUCUUUAUUGACCAAACCUAAUGGAGGCACUUACGGAAAUGCUGCCCGCUUGCAUAGCUUUACAAAGUUUAACAACUCAAAUAAGGUAGCUACCCUUGACCAUGGGAAAAGAGCAAAUGUACAUCUGAACUCUAGUAAACUUCAUGACUUGCGCCAAAUGAUCGCGAUUCGCGAGAAUCAAUUAAAUCUUGAGAGAUUACAGAAUACCAAAAAGUUAACUUCAGCUUCGUGUAGGGAUGUAAAUCUUGUCAAUAAAAGGAAUUUGGUGGUGAGGGCAUCUAGAGAAACUACUAAUGAUAAUUUACAGGAACUACAAGAACCAGAUAAGAAACGCAAAAAAAUUGUUUCGUCAAAUCCAAGUUGGGGUUUCUCAAACUCCCAUGAAAUUAUGUCUAUGGUUAUAGGAUCAAAAAAGUGUGCAUUAAAGGAUUCCUGUCAACUGGAACCAGCUGAUCGUAGCAGUCCUGGAGAAAAAUAUCCGUCUUGUUCAGUCAUUGCUGGACAACUGAAACAAAAAGAGUAUCAGGGCGCUUCUUCUUCAACAAAUCCAUCUCUCACUCUCAAAGAUGGUAUUGAUACCGUAAGGAAUCUCAAUCAGAGUUCCAGCAAUUCGUCAAAAGAAAUUGCAAGUAAAGCUGCCAAUAAAUUGGACAAGACAGAGCAUGCUGCUGAACUUUGUAGUCAGUACAAUCAGCCUCUUUUACCGAAGAAAGUGAGUUCUGGGCUUGCUGGUGUUAAUGUAACUGAAAAGAGCGGCAGCAAUCUAGUCAGAUCUAAUGAAAACACACAGAAGCCUUCUCCCGAUGGUAACAACAUUGCAGCCUUCACCAAUGGUGCGGGCAGCAAUGCUGUGGCCAAUGUUACAUCUCUGAACUUUCCAAGCUUUUGGAACUUCUGUGACAAGCCGAAUAUUAGUGGAAGCAACAGAAUAGACUUGCAACCGCUGUUGAAUUUAGAAGAACUGCAAGAUAAAGAACUGGAAGAAGCACAGGAAUAUCGCCGCAAGUGCGAGAUUGAAGAAAGAAAUGUUCUGAAAUCUUACCGAAAAGCUCAAAGGGCCUUGAUUGAAGCUAAUGCUAGAUGCUCUCACCUAUACAGUAGAAGAGAACAGUACUCAGCCCAGCUUCGAGAUCUUAUGAUGGGAAAUCCAAAUUUGUUGCUGUCUUGUGGGUUUCCUGAUGAGACUGGAAUUGGAUUGGGCUCCUUACAUGCAAUUUCUGAUGUUAAUUUGCAUUCAGUUCCCUCUUCAAGUUGUGCAGUGCAGCCUACGUUUGACUUCAACAAUCAACAUGAAGCCAAUUUAAAUGUCCAUCCAAAUAAUGUCGCUCUUCAAAACGUCUCCAGUUUUCAGGAGCAUUACAAUUUGGCAUCUGAUCCCUGCAGCGAGCCUGAUUGUAUCACAUUCAAGCCUCAUAAGGAAGAUAAUGGUGCAAAUAACAUGUGCUCCCCUUCUGAGGAUUUCAGUAUGUCUCGUAAUGAGGAUGAAGGGACAUUUCUGUUCGAAGAUAAAUCUCCAGAAAACCAUCUGGACUAUCAAGGAAAGGAAAAAUCCAUAGUUGACAUGGACAAGAAUAUGAACAAUACAUCAGAGGGGCAAUCAACGAUGGAUAAUUCUCAGGAUUCUUUAAUCCUUGAAGCAACUUUGCGCUCUCAGCUUUUUGAAAGACUAAGGAUGAGAACUUUGUGCCAGAAGGAGUGCCCACAAGAGAGCCUGGAAGCCGUAGCUGAAGGAAGCACAGAAAAUAAUGAGCUUGUGGGAAGGGUGGUAAUGGGCGAUAGAUUAUGCUCCGAUUCAGAGCGAGAGAUUGAGCCACAACAAGGAUCUGAUUUUCAAGGUCGUGAUGUGAUGAGUACGAUGUUUAAGAUGCCUGCUGAGGUGGACCGUCAGUGCAACAAUGAGAAGUUUGAUUCUACUUCUGCAUCACCUUCCUCUUAUAUUUGUUUAGAUAGUUGUAUCAACACAAGCAAUGACAAAUCUCAGUUUGCAAGCUCAUUCACCUUUUCAUAUCCUAUUUUGAAGAGUGCUAUCUUAGACUUCAAGGCUUCAGAUUCCAUGGAUCUACUCAAAUUACAGAUUGAAAAUUCCAGUGUACAAACUUCUCAUGAUCAGGGGGAAGACAAUUUUGGUAGCAGCACCAUUCCAAGCAUUUCAAGUGCGGUCUCAGUUGAAGCAGCUUCACUGGAUUUAAUUGGCAGUAAGAGUGGGUCUUACUCUUGCAAUUUUACCAUUGACCCGCUUUGGCCACUUUGUAUCUUUGAACUUCGGGGAAAAUGCAAUAAUCCUGAGUGUUCUUGGCAACAUGUUAGAGACUACUCUUCUGGCAGUAGAAUGAAGGUGACAUUGGAUAAUGAUGACAGGGUUGGAUCACCAAUUCAAGGACAGCUAUCUUCUGCCGAAAGAACUCUUACCAAGUCACUUGACUGCCUUGGUUUGGCUCCCCCAACUUAUUUGGUUGGCUUGGAUGUUCUGAAAGCUGAUCUGCAGUCAUGUAAAUCCAUUCUAAGUCAUGAGUACAGCCAACUGUGGGUGAAGUGUUUCAGUCUUACCUUUGUUCUCUCUAGUCAGCUGCCCACUGAUUUACCAUUUGAUGGGCCGUUAUUUCAUGGCGCUAAUGCUCGUGUUGAGGUCCAGGGUGGUUGGAAUAGGCAAUCACUUUAUUUUCAAAGCAGAAAUGGAUCAUCGGGUCCAUGCAAGGAACUAUCCGCUGAUGAUGACCAGAUUGUAGAGAUGGCUCUUCUUAAUCUCAGUCAGGAGGCUAAUAAACCGAAGGGAAGAUCACAGGCUCUUAAACUCCUUGCUCGAGCUUUGGAAGUUAAUCCUACAUCAGCAGUUGUCUGGAUUGUUUACCUGUUACUUUACUAUAGCAGUCAGAAGUCCAUUGGAAAGGAUGACAUGUUCAAAUGUGCGGUUGAGCACGCUGAAGGCUCUUACGAACUCUGGCUUUUAUAUAUAAAUAGUCGAACACAGCUGGAUGAGAGGCUGGCUGCGUAUGAUGCUGCACUCUUGGCCCUGUGUCGCCAUGCAUCUGUAUCUGACAGAAAUGCUCUUUUAGCCAGUGAUGGCAUAUUGGAUAUACUUUUGCAGAUGAUGAAUUGUCUGUGCAUGUCUGGAAAUAUUGCUACAGCUAUUGAUAAAAUCAAUGAGCUAUAUCCCACAGAAGAGAAAUCUGAUAGCCCGUUCAGACUGUCUCUUCCUGAUAUCAUUACAUGCUUAACCAUUUCUGAUAAAUGUGUUUUCUGGGUCUGUUGUGUCUACUUGGUUGUGUACAGGAAACUUCCUGUGACCGUUCUGCAGCGAUUUGAAUAUCAGAAAGAACUUUCUUCCAUAGAUUGGCCGUCUACUGACUUGACCUUUGAUGAGAAGCAACGUGGUGUCUCUCUGAUGGAAUUAGCAGUAGAUUCUCUAGCAUUAUACAUCGAUAGAGAGUCUCUUGAAGCUGAAGCAAAUCUCAGGGCAGCACACCUGUUUUCAGUCAAUCAUGUUAGAUGUGUAGUGGUGCUUAAGGGUUUAGAAUGUAGUAAGAGUUUGUUAGAGAACUAUGUCACGUUGUAUCCAUCGUGUCUAGAACUUGUUCUGAUGUUAGCUCGGGCAGAGUAUGAUUUUGCAGAUGGAAGUUUUGAAGGUUUUGAAGAUGCAUUAGAUAACUGGUUUGAUGAAGUUCCUGGAGUUCAAUGUCUUUGGAACCAGUAUGUCCAAUGCGCACUCCAAGACAGGAAAAGAGAUUUUGUUGAGGGAUUAAUGGCUCGGUGGUUCCAAUUUUCAUGGAAACACAAAUAUUCCCAAAAUAGUUGUCUGGGUGCUGUAGAUAGUGAUAACUCCCAGUCUUUACCAGAGUCUGCUUCAGUAUCUGAUAUUGCUGCUCUCUUUUCCAGUUCUAGCCCGAAUGAUUAUGUAUUUGGGAUGCUGAACUGUUCCAUCUAUAAGCUAUUACAAAAUGACUAUACUGAAGCUCAAUUAGCCAUUGAUAGAGCAUUGGAGGCUGCUUCUGCUGAAAGUUACAAUCACUGUGUGAGAGAACGUCUUUUGUUUCCGCGUGCAGAGAAUUUGGACAAUGAUGGGAAAGUAUUGAGACUUCUGUCUGGUUAUUUGGCUGAUAAGCGUGCUUCCAUCACAUCUGAGCCAUUGUCCAGACAAUUCAUCCAAAGAAUUAAGAAGCCUAGAGUCCGGCAGCUAGUUGGCAAAUUGUUAUGUCCGGUGUCAUCGGAGCCUUCCAUGGUCAACACAGUUCUGGAAGCAUGGUAUGGUCCAUCUCUCUUACCUGAAAAGAAAGACGAACUCACCAACUUUGUUGACAUGGUUGAGAGCUUAAUGGGGAUGCUUCCUUCCAACUAUCAUCUGGCAAUUUGUGUAUGCAAGCAGAUUACGAAAACCUCAAGUCCAGCAAACACUUCUGGUGGCGUCUCCUUCUGGGGAAGUGCUCUAUUGAUAAGUGCAUUAUUUCAAGCUGUUCCCGUUGCGCCAGAAUAUGUAUGGGUAGAAGCUGCAGAUAUUUUGCAUGAUCUUACAGGUUCCCCGUCCCUAUCCGUCAGUUUCCUGAAGAGAGCUCUGUCUGUAUAUCCAUUCUCUGUAAUGCUGUGGAAAUCUUAUCUCAGUUUGUCCGAGGCCGAAGGAAACUCAGAAGCUGUUAAAGAAGCAGCAAUGGCAAAAGGUAUUGAACUCCAGUAACUAAUGCACACACCCCUUCUAUAAACCUCGGGGCAGUUUUUUUGAUAGCGUACGGAAUUGUGUAUUUUUGUAGAGAACUCGAGAAGUGUACAUGAGAGGAAAAGCAUGCAGUUUCUUGUUGCCAUAGGUAUUUCUUUGAGAGAAACAUUUUUAUUCAGUAGCUUAUGAAUGUUUAGAGUAGAAGUUACCGUAUUGAUAUUUGAUGGAAUGGUACAACGGAAGAUUUACUCUCAUUUCUUGAACUAUUGUGUGUUUGCUUAUUAGUUUUCUUUUGUAUA